AUGGCUCAUAAGCUGAACCUCACUUUGCAGCACCCGUUAAGAAUUUUGGACACUUUAAAAAAAGUAAAGAAAAUAGUAACGUACUAUCGAGCUAGCUACAAGGCCAAAGAAAAGCUUAUGGAGUACCAAGCCAAAGUACAAGGCGCUAGACAACCUUUGGUACUGAUCAAUUCAGUGCCAACAAGAUGGAACUCCACCUAUUUUAUGAUAGAACGCUUUGUCCAUCUUCAAGAUGCCGUCAUGGCAACGGUACCAAUUCUCGACGUAGAUUUACCUAUAAUAACAGGUGAAGAGUGGACCGCGCUUAGACAGCUCUGCAAAGUAUUAAAACAAUUUGAUGAAGCGACGAAAGAACUAAGUGCAGAAAAAUAUGUGUGCGCUUCAAAAGCUAUUGCCGUCAUAAGCGCGUUGAAUGAUGUGAUGGAAGAGCUAAAACGAAAACCAGCUGAUUUUGAUGCUAUAAAAAACAUAGUUCAAUGCAUCGAAACCCAAUUAAAAAGUAGACUUGGAGAUCUUGAGCACGAGCAAUCUUUGGCAUUGUGCACAACAUUGGACCCGAGGUACAAAAUAUCAAUGUUCAUUGACGAAAGUGCAGCUGAAAGGGCCAAGUCCAACCUUGUGACAAAGGUCUAUAAUCUCAUGACAGACGAGACUACCGCCUACUAA